AUGCAAGUGACAACUCGCCCUCGUGGGAACCAGGCACCGGGCACACAUUUUGGGGAAGUUCCCGUUUGUGCGGGGGGAGAAUGCCGCUCCCAGCGAGGGGGACACGUGGAUGUGGUCACUGGGGAGACCGGCGAGCCGCCAGGUGCCCAGGACCACGCGUCACUAGCGACCAGGAGCGUCAGGACGAGAAGGGCCGUUUGGGGAGGGAUUGGGGAGCCGGCUUUUGCCUGCAAGCGAUGCGUGAGCACCGUGGUGUCUGGAGCCGCCGCGCCCCGUCCUCCUCAAGGGACGUGCGUCGCCCCGGCCCCGCGUGGACUUGCAGGGGAGACGGGCUCGGACCCCAGCCCGCGGGCGGCACUCUGCCUACCGCCGUGUCGGACAAACGUGGAGCAGAGUGUUGAGGGGUCUGUCGCCCUUGUGCCCAGGAAAGCGGAGGAGCACCUGCGGCUGUCGCGGCUCAAGUGUGGGGGCCUGUCCGCGCGCACCACGGAGACCAGCAGGGCCGUCAUGUGCCUGGACCUGGCGGCUUCCCUCCGGAGCUGCCCCCUGGACCGGGCGUAUGCAGCUAAGCUUUCCGGUGUGAACCAGAAGACGUACCAGAGCUGCCUCAGAUCUUUCGAGUGUUUGCUGGGCCUGAACUCCAGUGUCGGGAUACAAGACCUGGCCGUCCAGUUUAGCUGCACGGAGGCCGUGAACUUGGCUGUGCAGAUGCUGCAAAGCUACGAGUCCAGCCUUCCACAGGCACAGCGAGCAGACCUCGACUUGUCCAGGCCGCUGUUCACCACCGCCGCCCUGCUCACGGCGUGCAAGAUUUUAAAGCUGAAGGUGGAUAAAGGUAAAAUGGCGGCCACGUCCGGCGUGAAGAAAGCCAUCUUCGAUCGGCUGUGUAAACAGUUAGAGAAGAUCGGGCAGCGGACGGACCGACAGCCUCGAGAUGCUGGCUCCCUGCCCCGGAAGAGACAGAAGACGGAGGAUGGAGCUCCGGGAAUGGAAAGAGAGAAGGUGGAAGAGGUCCCACCUAAACCACAAAGCAAUGAAGACCCGGCGCUGGAUUACGAAGAGUGGAAAAGGAAGAUUCUGGAAAACGCUGCCAGAGCACAGGAGGCUGGGGCGGAGUGAGUGCAACGUGCUGACCGUGUGCCGCGCGCUUGCGCCAGCAAAGGUGCCAGUGCCCGGAGGGCUGCUUCCGCUUUUAGGACAGGACCCUCAGACCGCGCCGUGGGGGCAGGGCACCAGCCCGGGC